AUGGCAAUAAAGAUGGGGACAAAUGAGAUAGGUGAAGCAGUGAAAGCACUGUUUGGGUUGGUGAGGGAGGAGUUAGCAGCAGGAGUGAAGGGGGAGCUGGGCGCACUUUGGGAGGAGGUGGGCAGACAGAACGAGCGAGUGUUGAUGCUCGAGAAGAGGAGCUGGGUCGUGGAGAAUGAGGUGACUGAGCUGAGGCACGCACUGAAUGUAUUGGAAGAGACGAGUGAGACGACUGCUGCUGUAGUGGAGAAGAGGGAGAUAGAGCUAGCAGCAGUGAAGGGGGGGUUGCGUGGAGUGGAGGAAGAGCUGACCUGCGUCAAAGGGGAGUUGACUAAGGUGGAAAGAAAGUCUCUUGAAGUCCAAGAGGAAUUGGCUGGAGUAAAGAGGGAAUUAACGCGGGAGAAGGGGAGUUUAGCUGCAGUAGUGGGGGAAAUGGCUGGAGUCAAAGGGAAGAUGAAUGGGAUGAAGGAAGAGUUGACUGGCCUAAAAGAAGAGUUGACUAGUGUGGAAGAGAAUGCUACAGGGGUCAAAGAGGAGCUGGCUGGAGUAAAAAGGGGACUAUUUAGAGUGGAGGAGGAGUUGAGUGGCGUCAAGGGGGAUAUGAGAGGAGUGAAAGAGGAAUUGAUUGGAGAGAAGGGCGAGCUAGCGGUAGUGAAGGGUGGAUUAGCUGAAAUCCAAGGGGAAACGCUUGAAAUGAAGGUGAAGUUGAGAGGAGUCGAAGAAAAGUGUCUUGGAUUUGAAGCGAAAUUCGCUGGAGUAGUAAGGGAAUUGGGUGAGGAGAAGGGUGAAUUACUGACAGUGAAGGCGGAAUUAGCCGGAGUGAAAGGAGAGAUGUAUAGAAUGCAGGAGGAGUUGACUGUUGUCAAAGCAGAGUUGAAUGAAGUGGCCGACAAGUUCUCUGGAGUCGAGGGGGUAUUGUCUGGGGUAAAGGGGGGACUGACUAGGGCAGAGGAGGAUUUGAAUGGAGUCAAAUGGGAAUUGACAGGAAAGAAGGAAUUGCUACAUGCAAUGGGGGGGGAAAUAGCCAGUGUGAAAGGGGAGAUGCGUGAAAUGAAGGAGGACGUCAAAGGGGAGUUGACUGCAGCAAAGGGGGAGGUGACUGAAGUGAAAGAGGAAUUGACUGGCUUCAAGGGGGGGUUGUAUCAAGUCAAUUGGAAAUUGACGGGAGUGAUGGGGGAUUUGAUUAAAAUAAGGCGGGCAUUGACUGGAGUCAAAGGAGAGGUGACCGGGGCUGUGAAUAAGGUGUCUGGAGUGAAAAUAGAGCUGAUGAAAGUCGACAUAAGGUUGGAUAAGGUAAAGGGUGGGCUGGCGCAAGUGAAGGAAGAAUGUGCUGGAGUCAAAGAGAAAGUUACUGGAUUCAGGAGGGGGUUAACUGAAGUGAAGGAGGAGUUAAUUACAGUCAAAGGGGCGUUGACUGAAGUUGAGGGAAGGUUGACCAGAGUCCAAGGAGAGAUGGCUGGAGUAAAGGGAGGAUUGAACGAAGUGAAGGAAGAUGUGUCUGGAGUGAAUGGGCAGUUGAGUGGAGUGAAUGACGGGUUGGUGGAGCUGAAGAGCCACACGAUGACGGUGAAGUCAUUUGUGAAAGAGGUGAUGGAGCUCAGAGGAGCAAUCGCUGUAGUGCAGGAGAGUGGUGUAGCAGAGGGGUUUGGAAGAAACGGGGCCAUGGGGAGGCAAGGAGAGGGGCCAGCAGCCUCAACCAUGGAGGUUGCGAGACUGAGUAACCGCGUCUGGAAGGUGGUCGCAGCCCUUGUGCGGUGGCAAGGGGGAAGCCAAGACACGUGGGAGAAAAUCCUGUCGGCAUGGAGUGGACCCACAGCGGGAAGAAACACGCUGGAGCUGAAGAAUCUCACCAACCUGUCCAGCGCUGCUCUCCACCACGUGUCCAGAUUGCACGACCUGAAGGAACUCAGCCUGUACGGGUCAUCUGGGUUUGAUGCAGCGGGCUUAAAGCACGUGUUCAAGCUGGCAGGGCUAGUGAAGCUGGACCUCAGCUACUGUGCCACACUGGAUGGGUUAGAAGGCAUUUGUGCACUGAAGGGACUCGAGGACCUCUGCUUGAGUAACACUGGGGUGAAUGACGCUUCUUUGCUGCAUCUGACAGGCCUCUCCUCACUCAGGAUUCUGUGGUUGCAUAACUGUGGCGGUGUCACCUCUGCUGGCAUGGUGUAUGUGGGGAAGCUGACAAGCCUUGAGGAGCUGUACCUUCGAGGCACUGGGGUCAAAGACAAGGGCCUUCAGCAUCUGACCUCCCUCACGAACCUGAAGGUUCUCUCGGCGCCAACAAUGCUCACAGAUGAGGGCAUGGAGCAUGUGAAGCAUCUGUCGGGGUUGAGGAGGGUGGAGUUGCUGGACUGCAAGUUCACCAGGAGGGCGGUUGAGUGCCUCCAGGGCCUGCUAGGCCUGGAGCGCAUUAAGACGAAUGUGGAGAGGCUGCUGGCGUUGAAGAGUGCUGACUUUCCAGGGGUGACAGUGGGCAGUGAGCGUUGGAUCCUAUUUGACUGA